AAAAAAGAAAAUAAAGAUAACUUUACCGCGCACGAUCUGUCUAUGCAUUUAACCUUACCUUCCGAUCGCCGGGGCUUGAAGAGGUUAUUUCCUGUCAUGCAUUGCGCCCGGCUGUCAGCAGACUGACUCAUCACGACGGUAUUGGCUGACGAGUCUGCCAAAGAAAAGAAGUACCGUGUGUACCUUUUGGGGUCUUUGUGUACAUUGUUAUGCCGAUCUGGCUCUGGCCUUGACGACAAGAACCUAUCAAGAAAAGCGGUAUCGUCGUGGACGGUAAAGAGCUGAGGAGAGGAAUCAUGAGCACGCUAUCAAGAAGAUCGCAUCGCAAGACACGAACCGGUUGUGUGCAAUGCAAGAAGCGCAGAAUAAAAUGCGACGAAACUAAACCACGGUGUCAAAAAUGCACCAACCACUCUAUCCAAUGCACCUAUCUCUCCUCCACAAUAUCAUCAUCCUCACCAGGAGGAAAUGGGUCUCCUUCCUCAGAGACUCCUCCCACUCCCUUUCUGGCUCCUGAGCGACACCCUCCCAUCACUUCCGAACAGCCUCCCACAACGCCAUCUCCGCCCCUUCUCAUACCCAGUACCUCUUCAUCCCAAGUGCAAGACGCCACCACCACCACCAAUAUCAACACCAACAACAACAUCGAGGACCCAUUUCUCGGCCUCAACAUGGCAGACCUCGAGCUCCUGCACCACUUCAGCGUAUCCACAUGCUACACCAUCUCGCGCAAGCCGGAACUCGUCACUCUCUGGCGGGUUACUAUCCCGCAACUCGCCUUCUCGCAGCCCUUUCUCAUGCGCGGACUCCUCGCCAUAUCGGCCUUACAUCUCGCCCGCCUCCGCCCAAGCAGAUCCGAGACCUACCUCUCGCAGGCCGCGCUGCACCAAGACUCCGCUCUGCGCGCUGCCCGACGCGCCAUGUCGCGCGUGACGCAGGACAACUGCAACGCCUUACUCGCCUUCUCCAUCUUGGUCGUCAUGUUCGCCUUCGCUCGGCCCCGCGAACCGGACAGUCUUAUCCUGAUUGGCUCCAUGGAGCACGGCACGGCCGAGUGGCUGCUGCUUCUGCGCGGGGUGCAUUCGAUCCUUUUGUCCGCGUGGGAGCAUUUGGAGAAUGGCGUACUGAGCGCCUUGUUUCGCGUUACGGCGUAUUUUCCCAAUCGUCAUGACGAACAUGGCAACGGCGGACUACCGUCUACUUCAGCUUCGGCGUCAGUGUCAGCGCCAGCGCCAGGACUGGCGCAAGCAGCGCACUGGACGCCGGAACUAGAUCCCCUGGCAGAACUGCUGGACCUAGUGAAAGCGGAGCAGGAAGGAGAAGAAGAGGAAGAAGAAGGCCCAGAGGAAAAAGAAGAAAAAGAAAGGCAAUUCCAAGUCUACGCGCACACGAUCGAAGAGCUGGGCAAAGUGUUUUCCCUCAUGCAUGAUAGCCACACGAGCAUGUCGGAUAUCAUGCGCACGUUCAUCUGGCCGAAUCGCAUCCCGCAGGGGUACAUUUCGCUUCUCAGUGCGAGGAAGCAGCAGGCAUUGGCAAUCUUCGCGUAUUAUUGCGUCCCGCUGAAGAAUUUGGAACUCUACUGGUGGAUGGAAGGGUGGAGUACACACCUCCUCUCGACGAUUUAUCGGCUGCUGGAUGAGAGACAUAGGUUGUGGAUACGAUGGCCGAUGGAGCAGGUCGGGUGGGAGCCCGAACGGCAGAUCUAGAACAUGGGCCAAUAAAAAAAAGGGUGGGAAGAGCAGGGCGUUUCAAAGGGAGUUUUGGUAUACGGCGGAGUAUGGCGUUUAUUGAUCUUUUCUAGCCUAGGUACGCGUGUGCACUGUUCUAAAUCUAUGUGUACAUAUCUGCUGUAUUCUAUGUGCUAUUAUGACUCGAAAAGUCGAAUAUAUUGUCGAUAUCCUCUGCUGACG